CGCGCGGACGCUGCGGGCUUCCGAGCUUCUGUCAGGGGAGCCGGGCGUGCGGAGGCGACUGAGGAGGCGGGAAGUGGAUUGUGGUUAAGGGGCAAUAGCUGACUUGCGGGGACGAGGUCCGAGACAGUGGGGCAGCCAUGGUGAUGGCGGCGAAAAAGGGCCCAGGGCCAGGUGGCGGGGUUGGCGGGGGAAAGGCGGAGGCGGAGGCGGCCUCGGAGGUGUGGUGUCGCCGGGUGAGGGAGCUGGGCGGCUGCAGCCAGGCCGGGAAUCGCCACUGCUUCGAGUGCGCCCAGCGCGGGGUCACCUACGUGGAUAUCACCGUGGGCAGCUUCGUCUGCACCACCUGCUCUGGCCUGCUGAGAGGCCUGAACCCCCCUCACAGAGUCAAGUCCAUCUCCAUGACAACUUUCACUGAGUCUGAAGUACUAUUCCUGCAAUCUCGUGGAAACGAGGUUUGCAGGAAGAUUUGGCUGGGUCUUUUUGAUGCUCGAACAUCUUUAAUACCCGACUCCAGGGAUCCUCAGAAGGUGAAGGAGUUUCUCCAGGAAAAAUAUGAGAAGAAGAGAUGGUAUGUCCCCCCCGACCAAGUCAAGGGGCCCGCUUAUACCAAGGGCAGUGCCUCCGUCACUGUUCAGGGCUCCAUGCCAGAAGGGAAGCCCCUGCGGACACUUCUGGGGGAUCCUGUGCCAUCUCUCUCAGCUGCUGCCUCCACCUCUAGCCAGUCUGUCAGUCAGUCCCAGGCUCGGACAUCCCAGCUCCGAAGCGCUCAGCCACCGCCCCCCUCCUCAGUCAAGAAAGCCAGCACUGACCUGCUGGCUGACAUUGGCGGAGACCCCUUUGCUGCUCCCCAGGCGGUACCUGCCUUUGCUGCCUUCCCAGCCUUUGGGGGCCAAACACCAUCCCACGGGGCCUUUGCCAACUUCGAUGCCUUUGGCAGUAGCCCCAGCUCUUCUGCAUUUGGAAGCAUUCCUCUGACUGGCCAAGCCCCGUUCCAGGCCCAGCCCACACCCACAGCCAGUCGGAUGCUAAGUGGAAGUUACAGCUUUGGGAGCAGCCAGGUGACGCCAUUUGGUGCCUCUCCUCUUACACCGGCCAGUCAGCCAAGCAGCCUCGCAGACAUGGGUGGCCUGCUGGGACCUGGGGCGUCAGCUGGAGUUAUCCCUAGCAGCGUCUUUGGGAUGACCAGCCAGAUCCCCACACUCCAGUCAGCCACACCUGGUGGAGGUGGCAGCACAGGGCUUGCCUUUGGAGCCUUCACCAACCCUUUCACAGCACCUGCUGCUCACCCCCAGCUGCCUUCCACCAACCCAUUCCAGCCCAAUGGUUUGGCCACAGGGCCCAGCUUUGGGAUGAGCAGUGCUGGGCCUGGCUUCCCCCAGCCAGUGCCUCCCACUGGGGCCUUUGCCAGCACCUUCCCGCCACCGCUGUUCUCCUCACAGCCCUCGAUAACCCAGCAGCAGAACGGCUCUUCCUUCAGCGACUUAGGAUCAGCCAAGCUGGGACAGAGGCCACUGAGCCAGCCAGCGGGCAUCUCCACCAACCCCUUCAUGACUGGAUCCUCAUCAAGCCCAUUUGCCUCCAAACCUCCGACCACCAACCCAUUCUUGUAGCACUGUGUCCUGGGGGCCCUCUUCCCUGCUCUCUGGGGCCCCUCUACUGCCUGGAGUUCUGGUGACCACAAGCCUGUAGCAUUUCUGUGGGUCUGAGACCAGAACGGGCCUUGUUUUGCAGGGUAGGGGUUUUGGAGAUGCGGAGGUGCUAAUGCUUUGCUUGGGGCUUGCAGAUGAAAGGGCAGGAGGCGCAGAAGGAGAGAAGGCAGAGCCUGGCCUGAGGAGCGAUGGUGUUUUAUUUCUGCAGUUAUUCAUUAUGAGGACAGUGAUCCUCCUCCUGUCCUGCCUUCAGCAUAUGCAGCUCUCCUUUCAUUCCCAGCCCCGCGGGUGGAGGAGGCUGUAGGCACAGACUGGCCACGUUCCCCUGUGGGAACCACUCUUUCCCCAUGCCCAGCUUUUAAACGCUGUUUCUCCCAGACAGAAGCUCAGUGGGAAGAGCCGGCUAAAGGUGGGCACGAGGCCCAGUGUUGGCGUGAGACAGUCAUCAGACAGGCUGAGAAAGCCCUGGGGGGCCAGAGCGCCCUUUCUCCAUGUUUUUGCUUCCCCAGCUCCCACCCUCAUCCUGGGCACUCAGGAUGACUAGUUUUACCUACAUACUUAGACAUGCCCAACUCCUGUCAAGCACUUUAGUUAGCUGUGGUGUCAUGUUUGGAUACCAGUGUUUUAUAUUUAUACAUAGAGAGAAUUUUCUAAUAUAGCCUAUUAUAUAUAUAUAUGUGUAUGUAUACACACACACAUAGAGAUAUACGCACACACAUACACACACACACACACUCAGCCAUUCUCCCUCUCCCAGACAGCUCUUUUACAUGGGGAAUGGGCUGAAUCCCCAUCCGUGCCUCGACCAGCAAAGCCGGAGCUCCAGGGGGUGGGGGGAGGGCAGCUACAUGUCCUGACCACCCCAGAGCCGGGGCUUUUCCAGGGAAAGGCUUUGUGCAAUUGACUAUUUUUGUUGCUUUUUUCCACAUGCCUCCCUGGCCCCCAAAUCUCUGCACCAAAGCUGCUGCAGGCAAUGUUGGAAAAAGAACUGUAUUUGAAAGAAAAAGAAAAUGGCUCUCGUGGUCUUGCUUUGGGCCAGCUUGAGGGACCUUGUGUCAGUCAACGUGACUGCCUGGGGGACAGGACCAACGCCAGAGCUC